UGCAAGUUGAAGGAUUCUAAAGGGGAAAUAGUGGGUACUAUAACUUGCAAUAUAUCAUUCCAUUGAAAGUCACUAUUAGUUGAAGGUUUGAGAAUGAAUCUAUAGCUGUUAUAUACGAAUUCACGCAUCUGAGCGUGUUGGUUGUUGAGUUGAAACAUUCAUCAUCGAUGCAGUCACCAUAUAAAGCCAGAGUGAGGCAUUACACGGAUAGUGGUACCGGCAGCCCGAGUAAUCAGAGGAAAGAUAUAGAGAAUAGAAAGAUAGCAGAUCUGGAGAUCAGCAAUAAAGCACUCCUCGCAAUCAAUCACCAGCUCGAGCAGACGAGAUUGAAGCACGUCAAGCAGAUAAAGGAAUUGAAACGCUUAGUAGAGCAGCUCCAGCUAGACAGACGUUCUCCAUCUCCGCAAUCUAUGAUAGAUAACGUAGAAGAGGACGACAUUGAGGAAUGUCUAGAGAAUGACAACCAGUUCAAUAAAAUACGGUGGUCUAUCCAGGAUUUAAUAGCUCAGGGUAAGGAUGCUCUCGCUGCUGGUAGUCUCAGUUAGGGUUACCCCAUUGACUUCAAAUCUGCACUCACUUUUGGCUUACUCUUGAACGACCACCAUCGAAUAUAUCCAGAAAACAUCCCGCAUAGAUAGAUAAUGUGAGUAUAUUCUACUAUAUAGUCCAACUAGGUGUUACUUGAUGAAGCAAAUGUAUCAGGCAAGUUCACACUGAUCAUUCAUGACGACUAUUACAUCUAAACGUCUUUCGCUCCUAUCUGACUCACCAAUGCUGGACUACCUAGCUCU